AUGGUUUUAAGCAACCAUAUUAUAAAGGUCAUCGAGGCAGAAUAUUCGCUAAUAAUUAGUGAUAUUCAAUUGGUAAACUUCAUUUACGAUCUCAGAAGUAUAAGAUUAUUGUGUGAUGAAGAAGUCGAAACACUCAAAGAUCACUGCCUCAAUAACAAAGAAAGAGUUUUCCAAUUCAUCAAAAUAUUAAAGACAAGAAGCGAUGAUGACUUUUUUCGAUUUUGCAGCGUACUAAAAGACAAUCAAGUUAGAAAUGUUCAAAAUCUUGGUAGAAAAUUGGAGAAAGAAGCAAGUACUUCGAAACCACAUGGACAUGCUACAAGCACAAAUCAAGCAACUGAAGCUAAUAGCGAAAACCUAUCUGAACUAGGUAAAAUUCCACUCCGCAAUCUCCCUUCAACCCCAAGCUGUCACUUUAUUAUAAGAAAGAACUUAGUAAAUAGUAUUUGCGAUCAAUUAAAGAUCAUCCACGAAUCAUCUGGUCAUAUUUUAAUAUAUGGCAUGGCAGGCAGUGGCAAAACUGUUACUGUUUGCCAGUCCGUAACACGAGCAGCUGAUAUGGGGUAUUUUAAUACAAACGGUUGUUAUUGGAUGAAGAUCGGAAAUAGCAAAUUGUCGGAUACACUCUUUAUUUUCGAUGAUAUUUGGAAGAAGGAUCAUUAUAAAUAUUUAUCCUUCGCUAAAAAGUCUAUUGCUACUUCAAGAUUUUUAUUUUAUGAAAAUGAACUUAGCCAUCGCUGCAUCCGUUUGCUGGAACGGCUAACAUACGAUGAAGCAAUAAACUUAAUAGCAUUACUUCGCCACGAUCAGGAUGAUCAAAUAUUGCGCCGUAAUCCACUUGUCAAGAAAGUUAUAGAUAGUUGUGCAGGUCUACCAUUAGCGAUCAGCUUAAUUGGCGGCUGUCGUUUGCAAACUGACAAGGAAUGGAGCGAGGCAAAGGCUAUCAUUUCCAGGAAAUCAGGAAAGAUUAAAUUAGCUAAUUACGAUUUCAAUUUAUAUGGUACAUUCAAAUUAAGUUUUGAUGUUUUGGAUGAAAAAGAAAGAAAACUCCUCGAAUCUCUAUCUGUUUUUAAGCGAGUGCGUAUUCCUAUUCAAUCGAUUGCGUCAUUGUGGAAUUGCGAUGAACAAGACGCUGACGAUAUCUUAAUGGAACUGAAUAACAAAUCUUUAUUGAAAUACGUGAAAGAAAGCAAAGGUUACUGUGUCGUACAUGACUUAAUAGUCGACUUUCUUCAGCAACAAAUCUACUUACAGACAUUGAAACAAGACUAUCACAAAAUACUCAAUAACAAACUGAUGGAUGGCUACAGUAACCGAUGUGAAGGAAGGUGGAAUACCUUGGCUGAUGACGGCUAUUUCUAUCAAAAUCUAAUUUAUCAUGCUAUCCUAGCCGAAAAUAAUGAACAUCUUCAAAAUAUCUUGACUGAUUUCAAUUGGAUGACAUGCAAAAUAAAAUCAGACCAGACAAUCUAUAACCUAAUUUGCGAUUUAACAGAUUAUGUCAACUAUCUAAAAGCGAGAAAAGAGAUUGCAGUAGAAGAUUUGUUUGCAUAUGUCUUAGCUGUCAUCUUUAACACCAGUUGA